GGCGGCAGAUCACGUGGGUGGUUGCGGAGCGCUUGUUGGUGUCAUGGAUGUGACUGGAUUAGAUGUCGCGGUGGGAGCAGGAGCUGAUAGCUGUGCUGGAGCGCGGGCGGUGAGCGUGCAGCUGUUGCUGGCUCAGGCCCGCACCCUGAGGGCUGAACUGAAGAACUUGAGGCAAGAAGUUAACAAAGCUGUUCAUGUACAUAAGAAAUCAAUUGAAGAUCUACGAGUUCUCUUGUAUAGUUUGAAAAGAGGAUCUAGCCAAGCUGAUGUGCCCAUCCAUAAUGAUGUUCCCACCAGAAAUCAACAAUCUCUAUCUUUGGAGAAAGGAAACAUUCAAACUACACCCAUAGGAUACAUUGAAUCCUGCUUCUUUGCCAAAAAUGGCACACCUCGGCAACCAACAGUUUGUGGUUUGUCUCGUGCACGACUUAAAAUUAGCAAGACUGUUUUUACUAAUGCGGAGCAUUCACUCAUGGGCUUGGAACAAUUUUCACAUGUUUGGAUUAUCUUUAUUUUUCACAAGAAUGGGCAUCAAAGCUAUAAAGCUAAAGUCAAACCACCUCGACUGAAUGGACUAAAAACUGGAGUGUUUUCUACAAGAAGUCCACACCGUCCCAAUGCAGUAGGUUUAACAUUGGGGAAGCUUGAUAAGAUUGAAGGUGACACUCUUUAUCUUUCGGGAAUUGACAUGAUACAAGGAACACCAGUACUGGAUAUUAAACCAUAUAUUCCAGAUUAUGACACACCUAGGGUUGACCCAAUGGAUAAUGUAAAUGAGAGUCAAGAGGUUUUUGUGCCAGAAGAGCAAUGCCAAGGAAUACCCAAUCUGAUCUCUGGGAAGGUAACUGAGGAGAGUGAGGAUAAGCGAUCAAUCCAUGUCAAAGUGGCUUCAAAGGUAGUAGCCGAUCGUGCUAUUGAUCAGGUAGAACAUUCUCCCAAAGAUACCACAUGCCCAUUUAGAAGGACAGAUGGCGAGAUAAUGGAUGAAAAAGGCAAGGUCGGGAAAAUGUCACUACCAACUACCAAGAAUAACCCCAAAAAAGAGAAGUAUUGUGAACAUCAACUAAAUGAGAAAGUUGAUCAGCUUGCUGGAAAAGGGAUUGCUUCUUAUGAAAGCAUACACUUAACCGUGGAGAAAAUCAAAAGCCAGUUAGUUCACAGUGAUAUUAUAAACUGCAUAACUGAAGAAGAUGAAGUAAGUUGCCUUAAACCUGAGAAAUCUCUGACAGUCGGCAAGAGGAAGAAAACAAAUAAUGUUGCUAUUAACAUACCUUGGAAUAAAUUGUCCAAUGGCAAUAUUGCAACUUGGAUAAAACAGUCACCUGUGACUUCCUUAAAGGUUCGAUUCACUCCUCAUGCAGAAAUGGAUUUGCAGCAGUUUCAGGCUCCAGGAGGGUCAGAUCCAGAGAAAAUGACAUUGAAGUAUUUCCAGUCUCUAGAGGAAAUAAAAUCUGCCAUGAUGUCUGUGUUAUCAGCUGAUCCAAGAUCCAUAUAUCGGAGGACACAGUGCCAGGACAUGCUCUUUUAUUUCACUCUGGACACUGCCCACAUCACCACUUGGUUUGGAGAUGGCUUUACUGAAAUCCUCAGGAUAAAACCUCUGAAAGAGCCACCUGACAUUGGAACUGUCAAAGUUUAAAUUCUUCUAGCUGAAAACAUUGCACUUUCAAUAAAAUACCAAACCUUUACUAACAAUUUUCUGUGAUCAGUUGCAAUACUGCUCGAGCAAACACAUAGAUUUUACGAAGUGCAUUUCCAUUCUUAUUUCAUUGAAUGACCCUCAUUUUACUGUUAUGAAGUUGUGGGGCUUCAGUGAUGUUGCAGACUUCCUUGUGAAUAUAAGAAUGUAUAAUUAGCUUCAGACUGGAAACAGUUUUCUGUAACCUGUUCUCUAAUCCUUCAUCUGAAGGAAAUACUCAUGAACCACAGUAUUGUGAUUUUAAUAUUUAUUCAUCAUUAGGUUUGCACCACUUUUCAGGCAACAGUAUUGGUUUCUAUCAGUAACUUUAAUUUCAGUAAUAUACUUAUUUCUUCUGCAGAACUGAAUUAUAUAAAAUUAAUUUGGUAACAUUUCUUUGUAAGUUUUAUCCAUAAUGUUGCUAUGUCAUUUAGGUUGUGGUAACAAAUUUCACUCAGUUCCUCAGAAUUGUAUCAUUUAUUUUCUAUCAGGGAUGAUUGCUACCAGUUCUCUCAGAGCUGUGAUUUUUUGACUUCUUUUGUUCAGCAAUUGGAAUUUCUAAUAUCAAACAGGAUUGAAGCAACAUGGUAUACAUUAAGUCCUUAUUUGUGAGGGAAAAGGACACAGAUUACAAAACUGCAGAUGCCAUUAAGGCCACUGAAAGUGACACAGAGGCUAUAAUGACAGACGGUGGUCAACCAGUCUUUGAAUAUAACUUCUGUGUAAGUUUCAGCACUAGACUUCAGUUUUAAUCUGUAUGUAAACCUAUCUGUGUUCCUGAUGUUCCAGAUCCUGGCUCUGACCACAUGCUGUGGACCCCAAUUACAAACCUGAUUCCCGAAUCAUGUUCUGAAAACCAACCACAGCUUCAGGUUUUUUUUUUGAAGUCUCAGACAUGUUUGCUGUUCAGAAAUUUUUCAAAAUUAUUAUAAGAUAAACUAGAUAAAUUUACUUUUUACUUAGAAAAUGUGUAUUUCUUAAAACCUGGUGUUUUUUCUAUUUUUCCCUAAGAGGAUUGCAGAAAAAAAGUACUUGCAUUGCACCUCUAACAGCUAUAGUUUACAGCCAUUACUGAAUUUUGGAUUGGCACUUACCCAUUAAAGAAAACAUGGUAGUCAACAUGCACAUAGAAAAUCACAAAUAUAAAUGAGCUAGAAGUUUAAUGGACAUUUCAUUGGUGAAUAUAAUGGCCAUUAAGAAUCUGGUAGUAUUUCCCAACUCUCUGUAUUUUAUAAUCUGGUUGUAAUGCAUUAGAACAUAACAGCAUUUCUUCACAUAAAAAAUGCUUAUGCCAACAUCUCAUCAGAAAGAUGGCAUAAUUGGCAAAUGGCCCAUCUGUCAAUAGUUCCCUAGUAUGUCCUUUCACUUAUAUCUUGGGCUAAUAUUUGGUGAUCGAGUUCACCUUACUAAUCACCUUACUAAUUUGUUGGGCAAAUUGACUACUCUUGUUUCCUGUAAUUUAAAACCUCAGUUCAAAAAUAUUUCACUGGCUGUGACCUGCUCUGGAAUGCCCAGAGGUGCUGAUAUAAGGGUGGUUCCGUAUGGCAUGUGGCUGCUUUUAAUCUUUUAAGCUUAUCAAUUUAAUCACAUGGUUUCUUUUGGCAAGUUGUCAGUUGGCUAGGUCAUAUGCCAAAGCCACAGUUCCUUAUUGUUUUAAUGCUAAAAAUGCAAAUUUUGUUGUGAAUUUAUACAGAUGUUGAAAGUAAACAGACUAGAAACUAGAAGAAUUGUAUCAUGUUGCAAGUAACAUAACAGUAAGUGUUCCAGCUGUGGGUUACAGGAAAAUAAAA